AUGUCGAAAAAUCGAUAUUCGCGUAAGCCACGCGACCGUGACUAUGAAAUGGAGGCCGGUCGAGUGGUGCUCGAAGAGCAGGAGCGGCGCCGGUUGGUCGGAAGAGUGAGUGGACGGACAAUAUCAGAAAUCUAGUGGUGGGCCUGACCAUUUUCAGACAUUCAAAGCCAUCGACAUCGUCUGGUGCCUCCUCAUCUUCGUGUGCAUCAACAAUUAUGUGAAAGUCUACCUGGUCGCAAUCGUCACGAUCACAAACAAGAAUUUCCUCAAAACGAUCCAUCAUCACUGCAAAGAUCGCACGUUCCCGACGUCGGCCGUACGUUUUUGCGACGAUUUUUGAGAUUUUCCGACAAAAUGACGAGGCUGGACACUCGUAUUGUCCUGGUUUGAAUCGAAACAAUUUUUAAAAAAUUUUAAAAAAAGCCGACGGCUCGUUUUUCAAAGUAGCGCAUGACAGAGAUGUUGGGAAUUCCGUGUUCCGUGUUCCGUGUUCCGUGUUUUUUUCAAUAUUUUUUUCCGUGUUCCGUGUUCCGUAAAAAAAAAUUCCGUGUUCCGUGUUCCGUGCUCCGUAUAAACUAUAUUUUCCGCGGAAAAAUUCGAUCACAAGUGGAUUCCAUUUUCAGUCGUUUUUUACUGUAGUUGUUUACUGUUGUGUUGUUGGUUUUGUUAUUUUUAUGAAAUUUUCAGUAAAACUUUCACAUGAGUCAAACAGCUGCCUUGUCAGUCAGAUAAUAAAAAAAUAUAAACAUUAUUUUUAAAAAAAUCACUGGAAUUCUCUUGAAAACGCUUUUUUCCGUGUUCCGUUAAAAAAAAAUUUUCCGUGUUCCGUGUUCCGUAAAAAAAAAAAUUUCCGUGUUCCGUAGAAAUAAGUUUUUUCCGUUUUCCGUGUUCCGUGUUCCGUAAAAAAAAAUUUUCCGUCUUCCGUGUUCCGUGUUCCGUAGAGUAAAAUUUUUAUUCCCAACAUCUCUGGCGCAUGAUGGGUGUCAAAUCGAAGCAAAUUGGCUCGGGAAUCCAAAAAUCGCAACAUUUUUCAGUUUCUGCUCCGCUACCUCGUCCCGUGGAUCGCCUACAACGCGUGCCUCCUCUACAUCGACUACGUCGACAAACUGAUUCCGGGACCGUGGCGAAAGAGUGGCUAG